CUCAGCUCGGUGCAGCAUGUAUGUUAGAGUGUCUGAGACACCGGAGCCUGUGUUUACAUGCAAGCCUAUCAGUGGAGGUGGAUUUAGAGCAUCUGGAGGACCCAGGCAUCUCCCAUGCUCCUCACCGAGGACUCACCUCCUUUUAUCUCGCCUCGGGUAUCCCAUUUCUCCCUUUGAAUCCUCCUUUCAAUGGCCUCUUCAAUCUCUGCCCUGCUCUCUGAGGCAUUUUGGAUUUCCUUGGCAACGUGGAGCAGCUUAAAUUAGAAUUCUGUGCAUGACAGUCCUGGGAAGCAGUAGAAUGGUGUCCGGGGAGGCAGGUGGGCACAGCUACCUGGUGGCGUGCUGGCAGCCCAUCCUGGUCCUAAUGCUGGGCACUGUCCUCUCCGGCUCCACCACCGGCUGCCCGUCCCGCUGUGAGUGUAAUGCUCAGGAACGUUCCGUGGUGUGCCAUCGACGGAGGCUGGCCUCGUUUCCCGAGGGCAUCCCCAUCGAGACGAAACUACUGGACCUCAGCAAGAACCGUCUGAAAAGCCUGGGGCCUGAGGAGUUCAUCAACUACCCACAGCUGGAGGAGCUGCAGCUCAAUGAGAACAAUAUCUCUUCCAUGGAGCCCGGGGCUUUUAGCAACCUUGUCGGCUUGCGGACUCUGGGGCUGCGCAACAACCAGCUUAAGCUAAUCCAGUUGGGAGUGUUCACAGGCCUCAGCAACCUCACCCAGCUGGACAUUAGCGAGAACAGAAUUGUCAUCCUGCUGGACUACAUGUUCCAGGAGCUGUACAAUCUGAAGGCUCUGGAAGUCGGCGAUAACGACCUGGUGUUCAUCUCUCACCGAGCAUUCCACGGCCUCAGCAGCCUGGAACAGCUGACCAUGCAGCGCUGCAACCUGACCUCGGUGCCCACCGAGGCCCUGAGCCAUCUGCACAACCUGCUGUCACUGCGACUACGCCACCUCACCGUCAACGCUGUCAGGGAUUACUCCUUCAAGAGGCUUGACCGCCUGAGGGUGUUAGAGAUCUCCUACUGGCCCUACCUGGACACCAUGACCUCCAAAUGCCUGUAUGGCCUCAACAUCACCUCCCUGACCAUCACAAACUGUAACCUCACUGCCAUCCCUUACCAGGCCAUCCGACACCUUGGGCACCUUCUCUAUCUCAACUUGUCUUUUAAUCCCAUUCACACGGUGGAGGGGAACAAGCUGCACAAUCUAAUGAGGCUCCAGGCCUUCCACUUGGUAGGAGGGAGAUUAGCCACAAUCGAGCCCUACUCCUUCCGGGGCUUGAACCACCUCCGUGUCCUCAACGUAUCCAGCAAUAGCCUGAGCACCCUGGAGGAAUCUGUCUUUCACUCCGUGGGGAACCUGGAGACCCUGGCACUGUACGAUAACCCACUGGCCUGCGACUGCCGGCUGCUCUGGGUCUUCCGCCGCCGCUGGAGGCUCAACUUCAACCGGCAGCAGCCCGCCUGCUCUUUGCCCAAGGCCGUGCAGGGCAAGGAGUUCAAAGACUUCCCCGACAUCCUCCCCUCCGAUUCCUUCACCUGCCAGAAGUCCAGGAUACAAGACCACAAGGCACUGCAGAGGCACGUGGACGAGGGCACAACGGUCCAUUACACAUGCCAGGCGGACGGCGACCCAGCCCCCGUGAUCAUGUGGCUGUCCCCCAAGAAGCAGUUCAUCACCACCAAGUCUGUGGGGCGUCUCAGCGUGUCCCCCGAGGGCACGCUAGAGGUGCGCUACGCCCAGAUCCAGGACAACGGUACCUACCUGUGCAUCGCCAGCAAUGCAGCAGGGAAUGACACCAAGCCUGCCCACCUGCAUGUGCACAGCUACUCGCCCAACUGGCCGCACCAGCCCAACAAGACGUUUGCUUUCAUCUCCAACCAGCCCAGCGAGGACGGGGCCAACGGGACCCUUGCCCAGGUUCCCUUCCCGUUCGACGUGAAGACUCUGAUCAUCGCAACCACCAUGGGAUUUAUCUCAUUCCUCGGUGUCGUCCUCUUCUGUCUCGUCAUCCUCUUCCUCUGGAGCAGAGGAAAAGGCAACGUCAAGCCAAACAUAGAGAUUGAGUAUGUACCCCGUAAGGCGGAGGCAGGUGAGAGUAGUCCAACCGGCGAUGCGCCGCGUAAAUUCAACAUGAAAAUGAUGUGAGACUCAAGUUUACUGACUUCAAAAUGAGGGUGGACACACUAUAUUCUCUUUAAAUAUAUGUGGAAUCUAUGAGAGAUAGACAUCUUGAUACUAUACCCAAGACUGUUUUACCUUCAGGGACUGAAUCUUAAACAGCGAGUGUUGGAUUUAAAAGUAUUCAAAUCUCUGUGCGUUUUUAUGGGCAAUAGUCAUUAAGAAAAUAAGCCAGAAUAAGCCAGUCAUGUUUUAUGCUCCUUUCAACCUGAAAAUGGAGAUUGUCUUUAUCUAGUCUUUUGAUUGUUUUUUUUCUCUGUAUCUUGUUCUUCUUACCAUGUACAAUGAGCAAAGGAAUGGUCGUAAUACCACUUAAAGGGGUAGUUCACAAAAAUACUGAAAUUGACAGCAGCAACGGUAAGAGGAAUAUCAUGUCAAUUUGUUUGAACUAUACCUUUAAUGGUUAUGGGUUUUGAGCAUAUUACUGUAUUACGAGCAGGCGCAAUUCAAGCAAUGUACGUACAGUGCAUUCGGAAAGUAUUCAGACCCCCUUGACUUUUUCCAAAUGUUGUUAUUUUACAGCCUUAUUCUAAAAUUGAUUAAAUAGUUUUUUUUUAACUCAUCAAUGUACACACAACACCCAAUAAUAACAAAGCAAAAACAGGUUUUCAGACCCUUUACUCAGUAAACACCGGUAUUUGGGGAGUUUUUCCACAUUCUUCUCUGCAGAUCCUCUCAAGCUCUGUCAGGGAGCGAUGGAUGGGGAGCGUUGCUGCACAGCUAUUUUCAGGUCUCUCCAGAGAUGUUCGAUGGGGUUCAAGUCCGGGUCUCUGGCUGGGCCACUCAAGGACAUUCUGAGACUUGUCCCGAAGCCACUUCUGCGUUGUCUUUGUUGUGUGCUUAGAUCAUUGUGCUGUUGGAAGGUGAAACUUCGCCCCAGUCUAGGUCCUGAAUGCUCUGGAGCAGGUUUUCAUCAAGGAUCUCUCUGUACUUUGCUCCGUUCAUCUUUGCCUCGAUCCUGAUUAGUCUCCCAGUCCCUGCUGCUGAAAAAAAUCCCCACAGCAUGAUGCUGCCACCACCAUGCUUCACCCUUGGGAUGGUGCCAGGUUUCCUCCACACGUGACGCUUGCCAUUCAGGCCAAAG